GUGCACUGUCUCUUUUAACCAUCUUUGUCUUUCAUCCUCGAGCUUGGACUUGAUUACAGGCAAGUCCAUCGACUAUAAGCUGAAGCACAAUGGUUAACUACGCUGAGCCCCUCCAUUUUGAGAAAGACUUUGGCGAUUUUGCGAAGCUCGGAACUCUCAUAAUCAAGGGAACGGUGGACCGGAGAAAUGGCAACAUCACCGGCGAGAUCGGAGUGAAAACCCUCGGGAUGUAUAAAUCCAUUCACGGGUUUACUGGCAAUCUUUACGACGGGGUCCAUGGCAAAUUCGCGACCGGGGUAGGCUACGGGGACAGCUCCUUCAAUAUAAAAAUCAAGGAUGGCGCCGUGGUAGCCCAGGCCAAUCUGUGGGAAAAGGGCACCCAAAUGACUCUAUUCAAACUAGACGAGUUGAUGCCCGCUUAUGACGGCAAGCUUCGAUACGGUGCAUACCUCAAUGAGGUGGGAACCAUCCUGGUUUAUAGCGGCCCGUCAAAUGAGGACCAUGAAUUCGGGUUUGACUUUUUUCUACCUAUAAAUCAAGUAAUUGGUCCAACUGAUGAAACAAUUCCGGUCAAGUGCUCUGGCCCGUUGCGCAACACCUCACAUCAAAGAUACACUGCCACAUUCGAGGAAACAGCACUCAAGAUUACGAUCGGACAGGAGACGGUGAUCAGAGGGACCGUGUCUAACAAGGAAUGGAAAGAGGCCGUGGCUAAACUCAGGGGUUCAGAGAACUGCUACAAGGUAGAGGGCAACUGUACUUUUGUGUCUUGAU